CUCCAAAAAACAACCCGCCCAAUCUCUCUCUCACACCCCAAUUCCAAAAUGUCCGACUCCGCCUCCAUCAAGCAAUCCGUCAUGAAGCAGGUCCUCGCGGAAGCGAACCUCGCCAACGCCCGGGUCCUCAUCGAAAAACUCCAAGAGAACUGCUUCGAAAAGUGCGUCCCCAAGCCCGGCAGCUCGCUCUCCAGCAGCGAACAGACCUGCAUGACCUCAUGCAUGGAGAAGUACAUGGCGGCCUGGAACCAGGUCAACGCAGCCUACAUCAACAGGAUACGACAGGAGCAGGGAAACAACUAAAGAUUCAAUAAUUAAAAGAGAGAAUGAUAAAUGAAUGGAAAGAAAGGCGAGAGGGAGAACGAAUAAAAUCCGAAAUUAGAUAAUGAACGAACGAGCUAAAACUGUAUGAUACUGUUCAGGCG